CGAUAGCUAAUAUUGGCACAAAUACUUCGCGAAAAGCAUGCUCGCAAUUGCUUGACACUGUGUACGUACAGAACAGUAAGGUGUUUGCAAAUUUCAGGCUCAUAGCAUUCCAGUGCCAUAUUUAGAACAUUGUGUUUGUCACGGAAAUGAAAACGAAUCAAGGAUAGCCUCCGCUGUGUAGGAGUUAAGGCAGUUGACGAUGCUCAAAUGGUUUCUCCAGUCACUGAACAAUGAGAACCUUCCGAUAUGUGGCGUUGCUAGCAGCGGCAUCGUUUCUGUUGCUUCUGUACUACAUCUACCGGGUUGGAGACCGACCCAAUUUGGGCGAGCAGGAUUCGGCUGAUCGUCUUCCAAAUGGGCAAUCAAAUGCUGAUAUUGGAAGAAAAUCUUAUGCUAGUUCAUCGAAUGGCACCGAGAUUUCGGUGGUGGUGGUGGCAUGCAACGAAAGGCACAACGAAGCCCUCAAUAUGAUCAAAUCGGCAAUAAUGUUUAAUCGCAAUCUAUCCCCACUACGCUUUGUGGUGAUAGCAGAGGAAAAGCUGAAGUUAAAUUUCAUGGAAAAGUUGAAUGAUUGGCAAGAAGUAACCGAUCGAAUAUUUACCUACGAAAUCCAUUCCCUAACGUUUCCACGAGCCAACAAGGACGAAUGGAGGAAACUGUUUAAACCUUGCGCUGCCCAAAGACUAUUCCUGCCGUCACUACUGCAACAUCUGGAUGCGGUGUUGUACGUUGAUUCUGAUACCGUGUUUCUGUCACCAGUACAGGAAAUAUGGGCAAUGUUUCAGAGCUUCAACGCAUCUCAGUUCGCCGGUAUGGCACCGGAGCAUGAAGAUACGAAUGCCGGAUGGUACAAUCGUUUCGCACGGCAUCCCUACUAUGGAGAGCUAGGAGUGAACUCAGGUGUCAUGUUGAUGAACCUUACGCGAAUGCGAGACUUUCGCUGGGAGGAACACAUACUGCCGAUAUAUCGCGAGUAUCGUUUACAACUAGUGUGGGGUGAUCAGGACAUACUGAACGUGCUGUUCCACUACAAUCCGGACCGGUUGUAUAUCUUUCCUUGCGAUUGGAACUAUCGCGCCGACCAUUGCAUGUACAUGAGCGUGUGCGACGCUCCGGAUGGGGUGAAAAUCAUCCACGGCAAUAGAGGAUACUUCCAUUCGCGGGCACAGCCCAUCUUUAACCUUAUCUACUCGACCAUCGAAGAGUUUACAUUUCGGACGGAUGUUUACAGCAACUUCAUACGCACAAUCGAAGAAUCGCUGGUGCUACCAAGCAACUCGAACUGUGAUAAACUUUUGGACAAAUUCUUGCAAGAUCCACGCAAACAUUUCAAGGAGAAUCAAUACGAAGAAGUGACGUAGCGCCUACGGUGAUUGGCAUUUGGUCGGUGGUAUGCUUUUGGAGAACCUUUUGAGUCAUCUCUGUUUCACUUAAACUCGCAAACAUCCAUUCCACGAUGAUAUUUGUCCCAGAAUGAGGAGAUUAACGACCAAUACUCACGAAGCAGAUUUCUUUAGUGUAUCGUCACAAUCAUGCUAAACGUAAGAUGAAGCAACGUAAAUCGUUGAUCGUGUGUAUAA